AUGGAUCGUCAGCAACAUAAUCAUGAUAAUGGAUUCGGUCCACUUUCAGAGCGUCGUGGAAAAGCCUCGCUUAUCGCUGCCUUGUUCGUGGUUACUUUUUGUGUAGCUGUCCAUUUGAAGAUCGCCCAUUCUACCGCAAACCAACAGGGCAGAGACGAAUUCGUCUUUCUGCUCUUUAUCAGUGCUCUUUUAACACUGAGUUUAGCCGUUGGCGAGGUGGUGCGUAGAGCCUGUCUGGGGAUUGAAGAGAUUCAACAUAGGCAAACUCGAUAUGAAGGAAGUUGGACGAAGGUUUUCAAUUCCACUUUCGCUUUCAAGCAUGCUCGCAGUAUUCUGGUCGUGGGCGUUGCGUCCUUUCUGAUAGUGUCUUUUGCCUUGCACCUAGACUGUGACACUUUCUGUCGUGCAGAAUAUGCGAUCUUUUCCUCAUUGAAUUGCUUCCUGGCCCCUCAGCUGUUGUUUCUUGUCGGUUUGCGAGAGCUUUCUAGCGUGGAAGUAUCAGAGAUCAACGAGAGAGAAAACAAAAAUGUGGCCGAUGGUCUAGCUUGGAGCUACUAUUUUGGUUACUUGAAACUGGUGUUACCACAUCUUGAGGGACAGAUCGCAAUAUCAAAGCCCUACAGGUACAAGAUUACAAAGAAAAAGCUCUUCAUAUUGCUUCCCAAAAACUGCUACACCUGCGCUACAAUUAAGGAGGCCGACCCAAGAAUAACGGUAGCAGGAAAUCUCGAUUCAUAUGACAUUACCCGAGGUGGGAUAUUGAAGCGAUCCUAUAAGCACACCGUACACAAAAUAGAGAUGCCACGCCCAGAUGGAGAGGUUGAUGAAUAUCACGUGGUUCUGGAGUAUGCCACCCCCCUGAUGUCCCUGUACGAUAUGUCUCGGCAUCCAGAAGGUGGACUGAGUCGCCAAGAGCGAGAUGAACAGGUAACUUGAUCCGAACAUACAAAUAUUUUAACCAGUUAUUAUCCUGUUCAGUCUUUCCUUUUAUAGUAAUAACACCCACCUAUAGGGUGUGUGGAUAUAAAAUGGAAUGGCGCAAUGUCUUACUCCAAGGUUUUUAUCACCAACAACCCUCUUGAGUAUGGAAGGUGCUGUUUGAAACGCUCCUAUAAACAGUCAAAGCUCUCCUUAUCAUGACCACUUUCCAGCUCUAAGUUACAACCAGCAAUUGUGCCAUUUGGACUGUGACUUUUUAGCCUGAAUUUCCAAGUAUGUGACUAGAGGAUAUGUCUGAAAUUCAGGCUACCAUGACUUAAACUUAACAAUUAGUUCAUGCAUCAGCGUAUGUACUGUAUUUAUUCGAUUAACCGCCCUGAGCGCUUAUUAAAAUUUUUGGACCUUGAGAGUGAGCCCUUAUUCCAGGUGGGCACUUAUUAGAGGUUGGGGGCUUAUUAAAUUUUCACCAUUUUCAACAAGCGAAGUAUGUCUAUUUUGCAACAAAUUAUAACAAUAAAAUUAAUGCCAAUAACAAAAUGCGAAGAAUUAACAAAGCAAGGUUUCUGUAAAAUACUCUGAAGAAAACUCCGUCCUCAGGGAAGUCUCUUAUUAGAAUAUAUUCACUCAAGUUGGUGGGGUGGGGGUGAGCGCUUUUUUGAGUUUGAUGGGAGGAGGAGGGGGUGGGUGCUUAUUCGAGGCUGGGCGCUAUAUUAACUUUUUCUGCCUUUAGGAUGGGUGCUUAUUCGAGGUGGGCGCUAAUUCGAAGUUGGGCGCUUAUUCGAAUAAAUACGGUAUGUCAAGAUAUUGACAUAAUAUGACUGCUAGCAUAAUCGUCCAUAGUUGCCAUGGCACCAAGUGCACAUUUAUUAUGUAUUUCCCAUCAUAAUAUAGCGGUGGUUAGCUCGAAAGCUAAGCUCCUCUGACCACCGUACAGUUCUAUCCAAGCCAUUAAUUUUCUUUUUUUUCCCUUCUUCUUCUCCUUUAUUAGUGUAUUCCUACCUUACUAUAUAUAAAGCAAAUAUUUAUAAACUGUGAAUAAUAAAAUUGAAUUGAAUUGAAUUGAGCAUGCAAGAAGUUUGCAGAGUAUGAAAGAGGCAUAAGAGUUGUUCGAGGUGCAGCCGAGAGCAACUCUAGCACAAUCAAUGCAGCUUGAUUAACUUAAAAUUUUAUUAUAGUAGCACACGCUCAAAGCAGUAGGCAUCAAUGUCUACUUGACUAUAUGUUUUGAUCUCACAGUUAUAUUUUUAUCCUGAAACUGAGAGAAAGUUUACUCAAGUUGAUAACUCUCAAAAAAGAUUGUAAAAUCCAUAAUUGAGGUGCCGAAAAACUAUUAAUUCACUGAAAAAUUAUUUUUGAGAUAAACAAUGCUGCAAAUGAUCUGCACACGCCAUAACCCGCACAGCUUGUAGAAAUGAUGACAACAACAACACUAACCUCUUUUCCCUACCAUUAGUUAACAAAAUCAAAAGUUUUCUCUUAAAUUUACCUUAUAAAACACAAUAUGGUAAACGCUUCAUCGUGUACUGUUGAAUUAUGGAUGGACUUGGGAGACGUCUUCCCAACUUGGGAGGGCUGCUAAGCUCACAACAACUCGAGGUAUAGUUUGUUGACAUCAUCAGUACGCUCGAUGGGAACAUGAACCAUGUUCACGCUACUGGAGUUGAUUAAGUGAAAAUUCUAGCUACCGUAAAAUUCCGAAAAUAAGCCCUGGGGCUUAUAUUUUUCAAUGGCCCUUUUGGGGGGCUUAUGUUUAGAGGGGCUUAUAUUUGGAGGGACCUAUCUAUGGAGGGAAAUUUCUUUUCAAAAUGGAUUGAGCUAGCCUUAAAGUUGGAAGUAACUUAACUGUUUAGGCUUUGUUUUACUUUGUAUCUGAGGGCAAUUUUCCAAGUACAAGUCCCUGGGGGGCUUAAUAUAUUUGGAGAGGCGAUUUAAUGGAGGGUUUUUUGCGUUACCGGUUUGGGGGGCUUAUAUUUGGAGGGGCUUAUUUUCGGAAUUUUACGGUUCGUAUGUUAUAAUUUGUGAUGAAAAGCUCUUGUAAGCGACUGCAACCACUUUUGUUUCAAUCACCAGCUUGUUUUUCACAGUUUUUCACUGUUGUUAAGUUCUACAAGGCACCUAUACUCAUUAACUUGAACGCAUUAACGUGUUGAUCCAAUCUAGGAUAUUUAUACAUUACAAUAUAAGCGUUAAGGUUAAACAUUAUGUAGGAUGUGAUAAAAAAUGAAAAAAAAAAAAACAUUUCAUAUUACUUCAGCUAAAUGUUUUGGUAUUGUUAAGUGCUAAAUGUCUUAUAAGCGACCAUACACCCUCAAUAAUUUUUAUCAUAUGGUCAGCAUCUUACCUGAUAUGCCUUGUUUACCAUAAUAUUAUUUUGUAAUAGUGUUAUUGUUGUUGUUGUAGGUGGUGCUGUUUAUCCGCAAAUUAAGAGAAAUCUUAGACAGUUGUAAAGACUGUGAAGGGAAAUAUGAAUUAGUGCCAAUCUCAGGAGAAACAGCUCCAAGGGAUGAAAGAGAUGAGAGAGAUCAAAAUAGGAUUGCAGAUGUGUUGGUACGGAUC